AUGGCAGGACCGGUGGGGGGCGGGGGCGAGCCCACCCGGCUGAUCCCCGCACGGGUGCCGGCCGUUUUUGAAAUAUCUACCGCGCAUGGGGACAACACAUUUACUAAGAAUGAGGUUGGUGUAACUGUAACAGCUCCAUCGCGACGUCUGGUGACAUCCAGAGUUUUGGAUGUGGCAGAAAGACCUGGGGUUUUCAGAAUCGAGUUUACGCCAGAUGAAGUUGGAACACACCUAAUUGAUGUAUCAAUUGGUGAUGAAAAACUAGCCGCCGGUCCACUGAUUGCCAAAGUAUACGAUGCCAGCCUCAUCAAAGUGACCGACGUGGGAAACGCACUCGUUGGACAACAAAGCCAAUUUAGAGUCGAUGCAAGCGCUGCGGGUGAAGGGCAAUUAGAAAUUUCAAUCAACGAAGGGGAAGUUCCUAAUCAUGUACAAGUGGUGGGUGGAGGUCGUUGCCUUGUUUUUUGGAGGCCUGAAACACCGACGCCUCAUCGUGUUGACAUUAAAUUUAAUGGAGAGCCUGUGCCGUCCUCGCCUUUUGUAUUCCACGUGGCACCUGCGCAAAGAGUCACUAUUGAUACCACGCAAAUAGAACUAAUACCUGUUGGAGAACUGGUAUCAUGUUCAGUACGAGUGGAAGGCUCUGGAGGUGGAGAGCUAAAUGUUACGGUCAAAGGACCAAGAGGCGAAGUCCCCGUUCGUCUAACUGGAGAUGUAGUCUCUGGUCUGGUGGCUAGUUUUACCGCCAAAAACGUCGGUCCACAUACGCUUACUGCGCAUUAUAAUAAUCAAGCAGUUCCAGGCACCCCAUUUAUAUGUAAAGCAUAUGAUAGCAAACUAGUAAGUGUGACAGGAGGAACAUUAGCCCGUAUGGGUGUGCCUGUACAGUUAGCAGUAGAUGCAGCCCAGGCUGGGGAAGGGAACCUAGAAAUUACUGUGGCUGCUAGAGGUCUUAACAUUCCAACUCAAGUGCAUCCACAGGGCAAUGCAAGAUUCACUGUCUCCUUUACGCCUACUGAAGCAUGUGAACAUGUUGUCAAUGUGUCAUUUAAUAAAAUGAGAGUGCCAGGUUGUCCUCUAGUCAUUGAUGUGUCCGAAGGUGGUGUGAGUGGUGCCAGAGUGACGAUACCAGGUCCAGUGCCACUUCAUCAGCCAACAUUCCUUACCUUACAUCAUUCCACCGCUACUUUAGAACAAAUUGAAGUCAAUGUUGAAGGUCCAAAUGGGGCUUCGGUCCCGGCUGCGGUCUCAGCGGCUGGUGCUGGCACGUUUCGAGCGGAAUUCGUACCGAGAGCUGUUGGCGAACAUCGCUUGAAUGUUCUUGUCGAUUCUCAACCGAUACCGGCCAGCCCGUUCCACCUGAAGGUGUAUGAUGUAACUGCGAUACGGGUUAAGGAUGUUGCUCAUGGUACAGUCGGGAAACCUGUCACAUUUUUAGUUGAAACAAUGGCCGCUGGGCCGGGAAAUCUAGAAGUCACCGUCAACGGUGGUAGAGUACCAACCGCUGCUGCAGCUCAAGGCGCCCAUACAUACGCCAUCAGCUUCACCCCAAGGGAUCCGAGACCUCACACUGUGGAGUUGAGAUUUAAUGGCGAUCAUGUGCCUGGCAGCCCAUUCGUGUGCCACGUCGUGGACUCGCCCGCGUCGCCACAUGUCGAAGUACUUGGACCAGCUCGAAGACCGGUUCCAGUGCAGGUAUCGGCCGAUGAUACGAUAGGUGAAAACGAAGCGAGUAAACGGUACACCGUAUCGUUUGUACCCGUAGACGUUGGAGACCAUAGUAUUGAAGUGCGCGCAGGCGCAAUGGGCGGACACGUAGAGGGAAGUCCGUUCCUAGUCAAAGCGUAUAGCGCAGCCCGAGUCUCCGUCACGGACAUAUCGCCGGGCACCGUCGGUCGACCGAUAUCCUUCACCAUCAACGCCUCCCAUGCCGGUGCUGGUAAUUUGGAAAUAAUCGUUGCUGUGGCCGGUAGGAAUGUGCCGAACUUUGUGCAAAGCGAAGGAAACGCGAGAUUUAAGGUGAAUUUCAAACCAACGGAGGCGGCUCCCCACACGUUAUCAGUUCGUUUCAACGGACACGCCGUACCCGGAUCGCCGUUUACGUGCAUCGUGUCUGCGCCCGCGAACGCACCAGAUGCGCGUGCGUCGGGCCCGGGUCUCACCUCGGCUGCUAGAGGGGAAAACACCGAAAUUAAUUUAACUGGAUUCCACUCAUGCGAGCCAACAGUAUCUCUAACCGGUCCGGGGGGGAGCGAACGUACCGUGCACGUACAAUGUGGGGGAAGGCAUGUACCUGGAUCACCGUUCGUCUGUAAUGUAUACGAUGUGCGACGGGUACGUGUCACUGGAUUGGGACCUGGAGAACUAGAAGGAACUCUGGAAGGCCUGAAUCUGGAUGAGAGUGGGGAGGAAGAACGCGGCGUUGAAGUUGGCAAACCUGUUACCUUCAGUGUGGAUGCUGCGGGGGCUGGUGAAGGGACCCUUGAACUGGUGGUGUCUACGCCUUCCACCACUGUUAAGGCAGAGGUGGUAGCUGUAGCUCGUGGCCUAUACGAUGUGACCUUCGUGCCCGUGUCACGUGAACCGCAUAGAGUCUCCGUGACCUUCAACGAACAAGCUGUGCCAGGAAGCCCUUUCAUAUGCAGGGUCAACGAGCCACACACAUAUGUGCAGAUAGGAACCACAGCUACAAUAGAAAUAGACGAAAACCUGACAGAUGUCGAAGUUCUAUCUCCGACUGGUACCAGGGUCGCAGACGUUUUCGAAGAUGAGGGAAUCGUCACAUUCCCCGUGUCCCGAAUCGGGAGAUAUAUCAUACGCAGCCCUCGAGGGUCCGUCGCUGAGGUGGAGGCCCUGGAUCCUUCAGCAGUUAAGGUUCUGUCUAUCGGAGAGGCUCUAGCGCAUCGUCCAGCUAUUAUUACUGUAAGCACAAGCAGUGCUGGGAGCGGGCGUCUUUCAGCUCGCGUGACCAGCUGUGGGCGAACAGUCCCACAUUCGGUGCGGAGGAGGGGCGGCUCCAGGACGGAGCUGGUGUGGCAUCCGGCCAGGGCGGCUCCUCAUAGAAUCACCUUAUUGUGGAGUGGGAUACCAAUUGCGAGGGAGGCUUUGAUGGUGGAUGUGAUGCCUGGUCAUCAUGGACAAGAGGUAUCAGCCUCUGGUCUCGGCUUGUACCAAGGUCAAGUGAGUCGCGUCUCUUCCUUCAGCAUCGACACUUUGGGUCGCGCGGCUCGCGAGUUCGACGUCGUGGUAUCGGGGCCCGGGACCAGAGCUCUGCCCGUUCGCUGUUAUCAAACCAAAUCUGGAUUGCUUCAGGCCGAGUUCACUAUAACCGAAGUCGGGCAGAGUACUAUAGAGGUACUGCAUCUAUCGAAGCCGAUCACGGGCAGCCCGUACACAUGUGAAUCCUUCGACCCUAACAAAGUCAUAUUAUCUGGAUUGCCAACUGGAAAUUUGAUCGCCCACACACCUAUUAAUUUUACUGUGGACACAAAAGACGCGGGUGUGGGUGAAUUAGACGUGCUCUGUGAAGCAAUGGGGAAGAGACGCGUGCGCCUGCCCGUUGACAUAAGGGAAGAUGGGACUCUAUACAAAGUGCGACUGAGGCCGACGAUGCCCGCUCAUUACAGGAUAUAUGUUACUUAUGGAGGUGCAAGUGUCCCCGGAAGCCCGAUGUCCCUUGGAGUGCUAAGCUCCCGCGCAAGUAUAGCAGCCAAAUGUUCUGGAACGGGACUUGCGCACGCGCACGUUGGCAAAGAAGCAGCCUUUACCAUACACUGUGUAGAUGAUACGCCACCCACUGUUCAGGUGGAAAGACUAGAAGGUAAGGAAGAUGAGACGGACUCCGGGUUGCUAGAAUGCAGAGUGACGGCGGGUGCUCCUCGGGAGUGGUUGUGCGCGUACAUACCACUGGUGGUGGGACAGUAUGAAGUUAGAAUAUUCCUGCCAUCUGGACCUUUGCCUGGAAGCCCCUUUUCAGUCAAGGUCAUAGACACAUCGGCGAUAGUAGCUGUGGGUGGGUGGGGCACAGACAACUCGGGAAGAGUUCGAGCUCCCUCGAAACUGGUUUUGGACACAAGCAACGCGGGACCUGGAACCCUCGAGUGUUUAUUGGCUGGGAGACAUCAACGCGUUGAAACAGUAUCCGGCCGUGCUGUUGUAACACUAACAGCACCUGAGGGUGUCAGUGGAGAACAAGAGUUGGAGCUAACGUAUAACGGGGCGUUAGUUUCCGGAGCACCGAGGAGAGCGUUAGUUGCUUCUGGGAACACGGCGGAUAGGGUCACAUUGGCAGGACGGGGAUUGGCCCAUGCGGCACCUCAUACGCCCGCCGUUUUUACUAUUGAUGGGAGUGCAGCGGGUCUUGGCUCUCCAGAAGCGUCACUAAACUCUCCAGACGGGGAAUCGGUUCCCGUCUCGUUGACAGCUGCAGGGCCAGGUCUGUGGAGGGCCACGUACACACCUAGAAGAGCUGGAGAUCACCAUUUGAGGGUUCUAUGGGCUGGACGACUUGUUAAAGGUUGCCCCCUAACUGUAAAAGUAAGCGCUGGUUCCGAAAGCGGAGAUGCCUCCAAAGUGGUCUGUUCCGGGGCAGGAUUGACAGGAGGAGUUGUUGGUAGAGAUAUUCGAUCCUGGAUAGACACGCGUCGAGCCGGCCCUGGCGAGCUCACUGCGCAUUGUUCUGGCCCUAAUAAGGUAGCAUACUGCGAGCUAUACGAACACGGCGACGGUACGUUCACGUUAAACGUGAAGCCAGCUGAAGCGGGAAAACACGUACUCAGCGUACAAUUCGCCGGCGAACACGUUCCGGGAUCGCCCUUCACCCUCAAAGUGGCCGGAGCCCCUGAUCCAUCAAAGGUCCGUGUAUACGGCCCAGGCAUCGAAGCGGGUGUGUUAGCGACUUUUCAAUCUCGGUUUAUUUGCGACACUCGCGGGGCAGGCGCAGGCCAACUGACCGUCAGAGUUCGAGGGCCCAAAGGCGCCUUUCGCGUUGAGAUGCAAAGGGAAAAUCAGAAAGACCGGACUAUAUUGUGCAAGUUUUCUCCCACCGAACCGGGUGACUACCGCGUGGAAGUCCGUUGGGCUGGUCGCCAUGUCCCUGGCUCUCCAUUCCCCGUCAUGAUAUUCGAUACUCAGGAGGAAUUACGCAGAUAUCUGCAGGCCACCGCUGCCUAA